AUGGAGUCCCACAUUGACCUCAAACUACAAACUCUCCGAUUUGUAGCAUACUCUGCUGUGGGAUAUUCGGUCAUUGCCGCAGUUUCAGUAUGCAUCACAGUCCCAUUGCUUUAUUCUUACGCUCAAAAUGCCAAAAUUCUGAUUACCAAAGAGACUGUGUAUUGUAAAACAUCAAUGCAUGAUAUUUGGUUGGAUAUCACAGAAACUGCCGAGGAACCUCACAAUCGGACAGUUCGAGGUGCCUAUGCGGUUGCUCAACAAGGAGGCAGUGGCGGUGGAUACCGAACGGCAAUGACCAAUAGUGGAGGAUAUUGGACACCUACGAGAAAUAGCGGGAAUCCCGGUGGAUAUGCUACACUUAGACCAAACGUGAACGUGUUUAGCAACGCGCCAAGACCCGUCAAUAAAGGAUGCACAGGUUGCUGCAACCCCGGACCACCCGGACCACCAGGACGACCUGGUAAAAAUGGAAAUCACGGAAAACCUGGAGCGCCUGGACAACCUGGAUCUUCUGGAGCUUCCGCGUCGCCUCCUUGUGAAUCAACUACCCCGCCACCAUGCCAACCAUGUCCAGCAGGACCUCCAGGACCGAUUGGACCCGGCGGACCACCGGGGCCUCCAGGACAAAUGGGACCGCCGGCACCGCCAUCAGCUCCCUUGCCUGGUUUACCUGGCCCAGCAGGACCUCCUGGGAUUCCAGGGCAACAAGGAGCUCCAGGAUCACCUGGUGGACCAGGAGAACCUGCUUCGAGUAUGCCAAGUGGGUCAGCAGCACCGGGACCUAUGGGUCCACCGGGACCAAUGGGCCCACCUGGAUCAGAUGGACAAUCGUCUGGAGGAUCCGGGCCGCCAGGACCAAAAGGACCACCAGGACCGGCAGGACAACCAGGAAGCGAUGGAAAUCCAGGACCACCAGGACAGCCAGGAAGCUCAGGAGGGCUGGGGGAAAAAGGAAUCUGUCCGAAGUAUUGUGCGAUAGAUGGCGGAAUAUUUUUUGAAGAUGGAACACGACGACGUUAA